CCGGAUUUUGUUGCAUUGUUGGUUUUAAUUUUAGAGUGCCAUUACUGUUUCCAGUUUAAAAGGAUUAGAAGAAGCCAUUUGAGUAGUCUCAGUUCUUUUGGACCACAUGGCAAGACAACCCAGCGUAGUUGUUGAUUUUGAGGCGGGUCUCUGGAAAGCCAUACGAGAGACAAUAAAUGCAGAGAUGGCCCGCCAACGUUCCUUAAAGCUGCCCUAUACCGGUAAGCUGUGCUAUAAGCUGCCCAGUGGCAAGACAGUAGUUAUCAAACUUGUUGACAAUCUGAGAUCUGCUCAGGAAGAACAUAGCAUAUCAUCUUCCUCGACCCAGCAAGGAACUGGGGAUGAAUCCUCCUCAUGUGAUGAAAUCUGUUGUUCAUCAGUUAAAACAGUGACUUCACAGGAGAACAGCAAAUCUAAUACAGAGACGACUGCAGUGAAAAGUGAAGAUGGUUUCACUGUAAUUAGAUGGGAAGGUUUAAAAAAAACUAAGUUUAAUGGUAAUACAUGUGCAAAUAAAGAUAAAGGGAUAUCGAACUCUACUGUUGAAAAGCUGGCUGAUGAAAAUGUAAUCUGGAAGCAAGAGAUAAGCAAAUCAAAUACCAUAGAUCCAAAACAGAAUCAUCCUGUAAACUAUCAGUGUAUUCCCAUGGAUAGAAGUAAUGAUGGUCAGGAAAAUGCAGAGUCUGAAGUGUCUAAUUUGGCAAGUAGAAGACAACCAGUUGUCCUCAAGAGAAACAUUUCUCACAGUCAUGAAACUGCAGGGUCUGCAGAGCAUAGAUUUGAAAGUAGAAAACAACCAGUGGUUGUUCUCGAGAGGAUAAAAGUGGAAUCUGAUUUGACGGUUUCCAACAUACCUGAAGAGUUGGGAAAAAAUAUGCAAGAGGGAUGCAGUGAAAACACUGGGAAUAUAAACCUUUCUGAGGACAGUGUUGCAGGGACUUUAUUGGACGUAAACACUGAAGAAUGUUCCAUUGAAUGCUCAAAGCAGGGAUUGUGUUUGAGAGGUGUGAAAAAGCCUUAUACCAGAAGUGGUGUUCAACAGAAAACUAAACAAUCAGAAGAUGAAAUGUUGGAAAGUAAGAUAGAUAGUGAGGACUUGUUUCCAUUCGCUUGCGGAAAGUGCAACUAUACAUCAAAAUUGAAGCAUCAAUUGAAAAGGCACAUGAAAUUACAGAUGUCUGAUCGACCUUUCGUGUGCGAGAUUUGCAAGAGGGCAUUCAAGCUUGUUCGAUACUUGUCUAAUCACAUGCUAACGCACUCGAAGGAGCAACCAUACUCGUGUGAGCAGUGUGGGCGAUGCUUCACUCAAUCUAGCACCUUGCAGAGACAUAUUAAGAGAAUCCAUCAAGGGCUCAUGGAGCGGAUCCAGUAUAAAUGCUACACAUGUGGCAAGAGCUUCUCUAUGGCAACUAGCUUGCGCCGUCAUUCGAAGAUGCAUGAAAAUCUUGAGAGAAAGGUCAGAAUUAUUAAAAAUAUCAAAAAGAAAAAGUUAACUUUCAACUCAACUGUAGAUGACCAUCAACGAGAGUUCGAAUGUGGCGAGUGUGGGCGCAAGUUUCUCAGAAAGGAGGAUGUAGUGAAACACAUGUUGACACACACCGGAGAGUCCGUGUACACGUGUGAAGUGUGUGGGAAGGGUUAUGGCAACAAGCAGGCUUUACAAAAACACAUCAACAUCCACACUGGGGAUGAUAUAGAGGUGGAUGUUAGUGGGUCCUCAUCUUCCAGCUUCUUUAUAGCAUCUUCCUUGCAUUCGGGGAUUCACGAAAAUCUUACUGUGAAUGACCAUCAACGGAAAUUCGAGUGUGGCGUGUGUGGCUGCAAGUUUUUAAAAAAGAACGAUGUGAUGCGACAUAUGAUGACACAUACUGCGGGGUCGAUAAACAAUAACGUGUGUGGGAAAGGUUAUAACAGCAAGAAGGCUCUACAAAAACACAUCAACAUCCACACUGGGGAUGAUAUAGAGGUGGAUGAGGAUGACACAGGGUCCUCAUCUUCCAGUGACUCUUCAGGAGAGGUUGAUAUGGAAGACUGUUAAUUUUUUUGUAUCAUAUCGAAAGUUAUCAAUGAAAAUAAAUAAAUAGUCAAUUUUAUAUUCAAUAUAAUAAUCUUAAAGGUAUAUAAGCUAUAAUUUGCGUCAAAUUUGGAGUACAGAAAAAUGCAUGUGUUUGUUUACUUUUAUAAGUUACCUUUUUUCUGUAAAAUACAAUGGUAAACUCCAUCUUUUUACAAAGAUAUAGAAUUUUAAUACAUGUAGUUUAUUUUCCUGCUGGGAAAGUAGUGUCUUUUCAUGAAUAAUGAUGAGGGAAGAGAAAAAUUGACCUCAUUGUGCAGGUCUGCAAGAGGUCAGGUGGCCAUUUUUGUUAGUCCGAUUACAUAUCCGUCUUGAUUUGUAAUAUGCUUAACAGUUGCUAAUGAAAUAUAUAUACAUGUAUUUUGAGUUUUAAUUUGUUUAUAAUUCACGACGAUACCAUUACUUUUGCAUAUUUUAAUAAGUUAAAGUUUUUAUACCCCCGCAAACGAAGUUUAGGGGGGGGGGUAUAUUGGUUUCACCCUGUCCGUCUGUUUGUCUGUCUGUCCGUCUGUCUGUCUGUCUCUCCAUCUGGCUGUAGAUGCAGUUUUGUCCCCCAUAUAGAAUUUUUUAUUACUGCAUGGAACAGUUUGAAAAUUUGUACAUAUGUUGAACACCAUCUGAAGAUGUGCAACUGCAAUUUUUUUAAGAUCAGACAAGAUUUAAUAAUUUUAUGACAAUUUUCAUUAUCCUUAUUCUAUAUAUUGUACACUAAUGUUGAAAAAUAAGGGAGGUAAUCCUUACAGAUUUUAUUUAUUAAUUAAUAGUAUUAAAACACUCUGAAAUAUAUUUAUAUAAAUACAUUCAGAAGGAGGUUUUUUGUCUUUAUGUCUUAAUUAAUAAAAAAUCAUUUUUUAUAAGUAUUCUAUCAGCUGACAAUACAAAGUUUUUGUCUGUCAAUGACAAAUUCUUAGGAGCUAAUCAGAACAUCAAAAACAAGUGUAACUGAAUUCAUUUGUACCAAGGGAGCCAUUAUCUGAGCCAUGGUUCAGAUGGAGCAUGUGUUUAGGCAAUAUUGAUAAUCUGUAAAAUGGGUGAUGGUUUUGGGGCUAUUUUAAAACUGUUUCAUAUAAACCAAAAGUUUCUAUCAUAAGGAAAUAAAUAAUAUCAUUAUUAAUCAAGUUAAACAAUUUUUAGAAGUUGUUUAAAUUUAUUAGUCAAGUAAAUUGAUGAAGUGACCCUAUUGGGCAUUAAUUUAAAUGAAAUUCAAAAUUACUGAUAUGAUUGUAGUGUUUUGGCAAUUUUAAAAUUGUUUGUAAUAUGAAAUUUUCUUUUUUACAUAUUUUUACAUAGUAUGGUAAUUAUGGUAAUGUUUUGGGGGUUAAUUAAAUUUAACAAGCUGGGAUCCAUUUUCUGAUAUGGAGUUCCAUUGUGCCAUAGGAGAAAGUCGGUAUUUCCAUUUAUUGCUAAGGGAGGGGUUAUUGUCAUUUUGUUUGUUUUUCUUUAAAUCAAUUAAAUUAAAAAAAAAAAAUAUAUCAACAGUUACAUACAUUUGUAAAUGUAUUACUGUUAUAGAUAUGUAUUUACAGUGAAAUUCUGACAAUUUUGAUUUUAAUUUUUCUUUGUUAACUUAUUUUUGUUUUUUACAAUUCUUGAUAAGGUUAAGUUUUUUGGAACAGGUCACAUGUUUAAUAGAUAAUAGUACUAUUUCAAACUUGCAUAGUUGAUUAAGCUAUAAUAUGAAUGAAUUGCAGAGGUAGCUUCAGAUGCAGAGCUUGAUCUCCAUUAUCAAGGGUGCUUAAAGUAUAUCUUAGUAAUUACAGGUCCUAACAUCACCAAACUUGAAUGGAUUGUGUGUCUUAUGAUACAGAUGCACCUGACAGGCAUGGAUGCUGAAUCUGAGCCAUAUGUUUCGGAUGCAGGAGGAGGUUAAGGUUUUAAUUGCUAGUUCCCUCUAAUGAUGAUAUCUUAAUUAUUACUGGUCCGAACUUCAUCAAACUUGUAUGGAUGAUGCGUCUUAUGAUACUGAUGCACCUGACAGGCUUAAAUGCUGAAUCUGAGCCAUAGGUUUCCAUGAGGUUUAGUUUUUUGGAACAGGUCACAUGUUUUAGAGAUGAUAGAUUGCAUAGUUGAUUCAACUAUAUUAUAAAUGAAACAUAGAGGUUGCUUCAGACGCAGAGCCUGGUCUCCAUUAUCAAGGAUGCUAAAGAAAUCUCCUACCUCACUCAAACCUGCUCGAUAGACAGAUGUGUUUGUUGAUAAAUGAUAUAACAUGAUUCCUAUGAUAAAGUAUUGUAUGAUAUGAAACAAUAUUGUUUAA